AUGUCAUAUUACGACGUAGACGCGAUACUCACUGACGCCGAAAAAGUCCCUUGCAAAUUCGAACUCGACGUACCUGAACUCGGAUAUCUCGAUAAUAACCCAUCGCAACCUCUCAAGGCUGGGGCCUUCGUCGGUCUACCAUUAUGGCUCGCCGAACCUCUCGCUCUGACUAGUAGAUCAGCUGGUAGUUCGGAAGGAGAUUCCGGGUCAUUCGUAUCGCUCGAUCUUCCGCCUUCGCUGUCUAACGAGGUUAUGUCCGCAUUGAAAGCCGAUCCUCGCGCCGUUCCACUCCGAGAUCAAUCUCACAAUUUCUAUGGCCUUGGAACGCGCAUGCUUGACGUAUUCGAAGAGAGGGAGAUAUGCGCCACACUUCGAAAAACAUUCGUGACGAGAGCUACCGAUAUUGCGCUCCAUGCCAGGAAAGCUGGUGCUACUGAGGAUAUGGGUGUAGGUGCUGGAGAGGAAUUCUUGAGAGGUCUUGACGAAUGGGAGAGGAAACUAUUCAGGAAAGCUCAUGAAGGCACCAAAGGAAGCAAGGAAUGGAUGGAGGGCGUUAAAAGGCAUUGA